AUGCAUGAUGAAUUAAGUCCAUUACAACAGACUGUGUUGGAAAGAUAUGAAAAAUUAGCUAGUUCUUUGCAUUCAUUAGAUGAUACGUUGAAAUCAAUUAAUUCUACUGAUUCUGAAGUAUCGCCAGAGGAGGUGAUAAGGCAAUUGAGAGAAAUUGAGAUUAAAAUCGGAUUAGUAGGAACACUAUUGAAAGGUAGUGUGUAUUCAUUUAUUUUACAACAGAAACAGGAACAAGAAAGAUCUAAUAAGCAAUGA